AUGGUUGAGAUCACGAUAAGAAAACGACAGAGAGAAGAGGAAAUACAACCACAGAAAAAGUUCUUUCGAAAGACCAGAAAAGGACGUGUUAUUAAAGUCCUCCGGGAACGAUACCUACGAGAUGACAUUGGCUGCGGUGUGCGUCUCUGCCCUAUAUGCGCCUCCCCACCUUUUACAGGACAGUCUCCAUCUCUCCCCGUCCAAGGCACUCCGCAUCCCUCCUUCCCAGCCGGGCACCACCUCCUGCCCGACACCAACGCUCUCCUGCAUCAGAUCGACUUAUUCGAGCACCCCUCAUUCCAAAGCUCGCUCAUCCUCCUCCAAACAGUGAUGGAUGAGGUCAGACAUAGGAGUUUGCCGCUCUAUAAUCGGGUGAGGAAUCUGGUUCGGAACGCGGAUGAGUGGGUGAAGGGAGGAGCAUGGGUGUUCUGGAACGAGUUUAGGGAAGAGACCGCUGUGGGAAGGAAGGAGGGCGAGAGCGCAAAUGAUAUGAAUGAUCGGGCGAUCCGUACAGCAGCAGCGUGGUACGCCUCUCACAUCGGCCUCGCACACGCCGCUAGCUCCCCAGCUCCAACCGUCCUCUUGCUAACAGACGAUACGGCAAGCCGUCAGCUUGCGUCUGCAUUAUCCAUUCCAGCCCUCUCCGUACGAGCGUACGUCGCUGGCCUGCCGAAUGCUAAUGAGCUGGGCGACGUGCUCGCUGCUCCUGGACGGGUGGAGGAUAAGGAGGCAACAGAGAGGAGAGCGAUAUAUGACGAGUACUUGCCUGCUGGUACGUUGGAUGCUGGGGUAGCGGGAGGAAAGUUAUAUGAAGGUCGAUUCAACCCGAAUCAGUAUAAUUAUCUUGAGGGGUUCAUCAACUCCGCCGCUCUUGUCCGCCCUAUUCUUGUCAUAGGCCGUCGAGAUCUCAACCGCGCCGUCGCAGGUGACUUGGUUGUAGUAGAGCUUUACCCGGAGUCGGAAUGGAAAGCCCCUGGUGACGAAGUUGUUGACCAGGACCUAACCCUCGCAGCCGACGACGCGGACGACUCUGAUGGCGAAGAGGGCGGGGAGGCCGAGCACCGACUUGCCGCUCAAGAGGAAAGGGAUGCUCGGGAUGUUGGCAAGCGAAACCCUUUGGAAAAACACCCUACCGGGCGGGUGGUAGGCAUCCGAAAGCGGAAUUGGCGCGCUUAUAUCUGCCACCUUGAUCCCUCGACUCUCUCCUCCUCCGCCACAACCUCCCAGUCUCAACAAGUCGUUUUCGCCACCCCUGUCUCUCCUAACCUCCCACGCAUCCGCCUACGCACUCGCCAAGCCCCCCAGCUCGUUCACCAGAAAAUAGUCGUCAGCAUCGACAAGUGGGACGUAGACUCGCGCUAUCCAGAAGGCCAUUUCGUCCGUGCGUUAGGGCAAGUAGGAAGUAAGGAGGCGGAACAGGAGAGUUUGUUGCUUGAGUGGGAGGUACCAUACCGCGCGUUUGGGAGAGCAAUUUUGGACUGUCUGCCGAAGGAAGGAGACGCUUGGGUGGUACCACCCAAGACGGAGGACAGUAUCGUCUGGCGGGACAGGGAAGAUCUCCGGGAGAUGAUCAUCUGUAGCAUAGAUCCGCCCGGGUGCCAGGAUAUCGAUGAUGCCCUGCACGCUCGUCGUCUCCCGAACGGCAACAUCGAAGCCGGAGUGCAUAUCGCCGACGUAUCUCAUUUCGUACUUCCGGAUAACGCCAUGGACACUGAGGCUGCGGCGCGGGGAACGACGGUCUACCUCGUGGAUAAACGGAUUGAUAUGCUUCCUAGUCUGUUGGGAACUAACUUGUGCUCCUUGCGCGCACAUGUUGAGAGGCUAGCGUUUUCGGUCAUUUGGGAACUGACGCCGGAGGCCAAGAUAAUCAAUGUCAGGUUUACAAAGUCAGUCAUUGCGAGCAAAGCGGCUUUCACGUAUAAGGAGGCCCAGACGAGGAAGGAUAACUUAGCCUUAACGGAUCCCGUGAGUGAGAGCAUCCGCUUACUAAACGCGCUUGCCAAGAAACUACGAGCAGCACGUAUGGCGGCGGGGGCGCUUAACCUUGCUUCCCCCGAAGUACGCAUCCAGAUGGAGUCUCCUGAGUCAUCCGACCCUGUCGACGUAGAGCAAAAAGAGCAGCUCGAAACCAACAGCCUUGUAGAGGAAUUCAUGCUCCUCGCUAAUAUCAGCGUUGCCGCCAAGAUCCAGGAGACGUUCCCCCAGACCGCGGUGCUGCGCCGGCAUCAGCCACCACCGGCAUCAAACUUCGAGCUCCUAGAAGAUGUGCUACUUAAGCGCAAGGGGAUGAAACUCGAUAUCUCGAGCUCCGGAGCACUUGCCAACAGCUUAGACACAUGUGUCAUCGCUGACGAACCGGACUUCAACAUACUCGUCAGGAUCAUGGCGACCAGAUGUAUGCGUCCUGCGGAGUACUUCUGUGCCGGCUCUGUCUCGCGGGAGACAUUCGGCCACUAUGGUCUGGCCAGCCCGAUCUACACACACUUCACGAGUCCCAUUCGGCGUUUUGCAGACGUGCUCGUUCAUCGCCAGCUGGCCGCUGCGAUCAACUACACCCCCUUGCACGCAUCGCUCCAUUCCCGUCAGCAUAUGGAGAGGAUAUUGAACGGCGUCAACCGGAGGCAUCGGAUGGCACAAAAUGCAAGCAGGGCCAGCCUCGAGUUCUUCGUUGCGGUCGCUCUGAAAGGUCGGGCGGAGCGGGAAGGCGCGCCUGCUAGGGAGAAGGCUUUCAUCAUCCGGGCUUUCAGGAAUGGAGUAGCUGUCUUCGUCUCGAAGCUUGGUCUAGAAGGUCUCGUGACCUUCAAGCGCGAGAUCAACUUUGAUCCUGAAUUGUAUUCCGUCAAGGUCCCAUCAGCUACUGGCGAAGUAACCCUAUCUGUGUUCGACGAAGUUGAUGUCGAGAUUUCGAUAGAGAAGGAUGUGAACACUCAGCGAGGCAGGGUCAUCGAAUAA